AUGACCAGUCGUAGCAACACCCCACCAGUAACAGAUCUCCCCAUCGCCGCAGCGUCUUAUUCUCCCACUCCUUACCAGCUCCACGGCCUCGACUUGAAGGAACUGCCGGAGCCUCUUCAGGACUACAUAGCUGAGGUCAAAGCUGCCCCUUUGCGUCUUGAGCUUGUCGCUCUCGUCAAGCAUUUUCGUAUCGAGUUGACGAACGAGCUCUUUUACCAGCUUCGUCAUUUGGACACUACUAUUAGUAUUCGACGAAGAGAGGCAGUAUCUGUGGAUUUCCGACAUGGAGAACACAAGCAUUUCUUCUGGUCGAGGGCAAAGCGCUCCAAAGAUUGCCAUAUGCAGGACAUAUUGACGGAUCUCUUUCCCAAACGAUACGAUGCUGAGCGUACGUUCUGGGAACGCUUUGAUGCCCUCAUCUGGCUCGAAUUUUCUGGUAAUACUUCCGCUACCCAGCGUGAUCAACGCAAGCAUCGGGACAGCUUGAUGAAACCUAUCCUCGAGUGCACCAUGCAAUUCAUGUGGUAUGUUGAGGACACAAUGCUACGGCAAGAUUUUCGGAUUGACGACAAGCUCUAUGUGGGUUUCCUCGAACGAGUGAAGAAAUCGUGGCCGGAGAAAACUACGAGGAAGCCAUGA